UGAUAUAUCCCCCAUCCCCAAUUGUGUGGCUGUUAUUUCAUCCCUACAGUUUUUACUAUUCCCCGUACUUCUUCUCUGCUCCAAUUAGAACACCCUAUAUCCAUGUAUUUGGAUCUUUUCACGCUCAUCUCCAGCAUUCUUUCUUUGUCAGAUGGAUUCAGACUUAUUCGCAGGGUUUUUGGUUGCUGGAUCAACAAGCAAAUCAGACAUUUGAGAGGAAACGAAAAAAAGCUCUGUAUGAAGCUUUGGAGAAGAUUAAAGGAGAGCUCAUGGUUUUGGGAUUUAUUUCUCUGUUACUGACAUUUGGGCAAAACUACAUUGCUAAGAUAUGUAUUCCCGUAAAAGUUGCCAAUACCAUGCUGCCAUGCCCAGCCAAGCAUAAGGAGCACAGCGACAAUGGAGGCGAACAUCAUAGAAGGCUUCUAUGGAAUGGGCGUAGGAUUUUAUCAUCCGAUAGUGCACCCGGGGAAUGCAAGGAUGGACAUGUACCGCUGAUUUCUCUCAAUGGUUUGCACCAGCUACACAUCUUCAUAUUCUUUUUAGCUGUAGUUCAUGUCAUCUAUGGUGCUAUAACAAUGCUGCUUGGAAGAAUGAAGAUCCGAGGAUGGAAGGAAUGGGAACGUGCAACUGGUCAAGAUGAAGUAGCCAAUGAUCCUUCAGUUUUCAGGCUUACGAAAGAGACUUCUUUUGUGAAAGAAAACACCAGUUUCAUGACUCAAACACCAAUUCUUUUCUACUCUGUAAGAGAGAUAAGAAACAAACAAAGAAUGGUUAUAAUUAAUUAGUACAACCAAAAAGUGAAGAAAAUGAAAAUAGGAUGGCACAACAAUAUGUAAUAUGAUUGCUUGCUUUGAGCUCCUCUACGUAUGAUCAUACUACUGUUUCUGUAAAUCAAAUAUCAACACCAGUGCAGUGAUUGCUUAGUUCUUUUGCUUUUCAGGUUUGCUUCUUCCGGCAAUUUUUUAGGUCAGUUCGUAGAGCUGACUACUUGGCUAUGCGCCACGGAUUCAUUUCGGUCCAUUUAGCUCCAGGAAGUAAGUUUGAUUUUCAAAAGUACAUUAAAAGAUCAUUGGAAGAUGACUUCAAGUAUGGUGUUAUGGUUGUCAGCAGUGCUCUAUCUGCUGCUGAAUGUUAAUGGAUGGCAAGCUAUGUUUUGGCUGUCCAUAAUGCCUUUAGUUACAAUAUUAGCAGUUGGGACAAAGCUUCAAGCAAUAAUAGCACAAAUGGCCAUUGAAAUCCAAGAGAGGCAUGCUGUAGUCCAGGGCAUACCUCUUGUACAAGUUUCAGACAGACAUUUUUGGUUUAGCAAGCCAAAGUUAGUCCUUUAUCUUAUCCAUCUAACCCUAUUUCAGAAUGCAUUCGAGAUAACAUAUUUCGUCUGGAUAUCAUACGAGUUUGGGCUUCAUUCCUGCUUCCACAGUAACUUCUAUCUUGCUGUUCUAAGAGUUUGUCUUGGGCUUGGAGUACAAUUCUUGUGCAGCUACAUUACGCUUCCAUUGUAUGCUCUUGUUACCCAGAUGGGAUCAACGAUGAAGAGGUCCGUAUUCGAUGACCAGACUUCAAAAGCCCUGAUGAAGUGGCAUAAAAAUGCCAAGGACCAUAUAAAUGUUCCAAAGCCAGGAGCUAUCAAAACCACAACACUAGGAGGUAGUCCGGGUGACUCGCCCAACCAUUCCCCCCGCGGGCACCCAUCAGGUGCUAUGCAUGUGGUCAGCGUGGCAAACCAAAAUUCUGGACAGAUGGCUAACAUCAUUGCCAGUGUGGAUAUUCCAUUGGACAGUCCACCGGGCGAUGGCAGGUCCCACGGGACUGACCUUCUCACAGGUCCUUAAGAGAAGAAAAAAAUGAUGCAAAAAGCCUGGAACGAUGGUUAAUUAAUUAACGAUCGUUCCUAGGUGGUACAUAUAUACAUGGUAGUUAGUACAUAUAUAGGUUGUCACAAAAUUCAUUGGAUGUCUAGUUGGAGAUAUUCGUAUGCAUUUUGUGCUGGUUUGUAGCAGUUAUGAAUCACUGGAAGGCCAAUUGCCCAGUUUGGUCGUUCAUUAAACACAUAGGAGUUUUUACCGCACUUUAUAGAAACCAUUC